AGAAUCGUCCUUUUAUUACCGAAGUGUUUAUUGGUUCCAAGAAGAACUAAACGCACAAUCCAAAGAACCUCUCAUCUUCUCUUCUUCUUAUUCUCUUUCUGUAAUAAAAAAAAGCUUAAACCUUUUCUUGAGUUUCUUUAACCAUGGCAGCUAAUUGCAAAAGGGUUAGCUUCUUGCUCGCUCUGGUAAUGACGGUGGUGGUUACUCUCUGUUCUUCAUUCGUCUCCGGCGAAAAUGAGGUUUCCGAUCUUAAAAUCAGUACCCACUUGAAACGACUCAACAAGCCACCUCUCAAAUCCAUAAAGAGCCCAGAUGGAGAUGUAAUCGACUGUGUCCCAAUCACCGACCAACCAGCUUUAGCUCAUCCUCUGCUCAUUAACCACACUGUCCAGAUGAGUCCAAGUUUCAACCCGGAGAGUGUCUUCAGCGAGAGUAAAGUUUCAUCAAGAACCAAGAAUCAUCAACCUAAUGAUAUAACUCAGCUCUGGCAUGUCAAUGGAAAAUGCCCUGAGAACACAGUUCCCAUCAGAAGAACGACAAAGCAAGAUCUUUACCGAGCCAGUUCUGUCGAGAGUUUCGGUAUGAAGAGUCAGAAAAGUAUCCCUAAGCUCAAAUCUUAUGACACAACUGGUGUCCUUCCACAAAAUGGUCAUCAGCACGCGAUAAUGUAUGUCGAAGAUGGUGUUUUCUACGGUGCUAAAGCCAAGAUUAAUGUAUGGAAUCCAGAUGUGGAGAUGCCUAAUGAGUUUAGCUUGGCUCAGAUUUGGGUUUUGGGUGGAAACUUCAACUCUGAUCUUAACAGUAUUGAAGCUGGCUGGCAGGUGAGUCCACAAUUGUAUGGUGAUAAUCACACAAGGCUCUUCACUUAUUGGACUAGUGAUGCCUACCAAGGCACAGGCUGCUACAAUCUUCUAUGCUCAGGAUUUGUUCAAAUCAAUAGGGAGAUUGCAAUGGGUGGAUCAAUCUCUCCUUUAUCUAGCUAUGGAAAUUCUCAGUAUGACAUUACCAUACUUAUCUGGAAGGACCCAAAAGAAGGACAUUGGUGGUUACAAUUUGGAGAAAAGUACAUAAUGGGAUACUGGCCAGCUUCACUCUUCUCUUACUUAUCAGAAAGUGCAUCAAUGAUUGAAUGGGGAGGUGAAGUUGUGAACUCGCAGUCCGAGGCAGGACAACACACUACCACUCAGAUGGGAAGUGGUCGGUUCGCAGAGGAAGGUUGGGGGAAAGCAAGUUACUUCAAGAACGUUCAAGUAGUUGAUGGAUCUAAUAAAUUGAGAAACCCUGAAAAUCUUCAAGUGUUUACUGAUGAAGAGAACUGUUACAAUGUGAAGAGUGGCAAUGGAGGUUCUUGGGGAAGUCACUUCUACUAUGGGGGUCCUGGUCGAAACCCUAAUUGCCCUUGAGGAGCUGUUUACUUUCUUGCAGUGCACAUCAUUCUAAAUUAAUCAUUAACUUGUAUAAAACAUAUAUUAUAUACACAUUCUUACAUAUAUUGUUUUCAGAUUCACCAGAGUGGAUUAGGGUUUGUUUAUGUCUUGUUUCAGAGUGUUUCUCUGUUUCUAUGGAGUGAAGAGAAGAUCCACUUCUUUAAAGAACAUGGUCCCAUGUGUAUACUGAAAUCUUUAUGAUCA